CUCGACCUCGACCUACACGACAGCCCGGCAAGCAGCCACGCAGCCUGACGAGCGAGCGCAAUGGCAGGCAAAGCGACGUCCAGAGAGGACGUGCUGAGCUUCCUCGACGAUCUCAAUGCCUACACGGCGCCCACUUCUGCUGCCACGGCAUCGUCAGGCACGCCGACGGGCGAUGCUACUAAAGCGCACCAGGCCAACGAUGUCAUGGCUUUCCUCGACGAGAUCACCCAGGCUCCCAGACCGUCUACGCCCGGCACAGCAGCCGUCAGACCGAGCAACCCUGCCUUCAAGUCGUCCAAUACCGUCACGGGUUCGAGCUUAGGCGGCGCAUCCCAACGUUCGACGCUUCGUUCGAGUCCUCACAAGACGCCCUUGCCUAUGCCUACCAGUACACAACCUUCCUCUCGGCCCGAGUCACCUGCCUUGAGCUCGACAUCGAUGAAUGCGUCCCAUUCGGGCGCGAGUCCAAAGGAACCCGUCACGCGGGUCUCCUCUCGCGGUAGUCUCAGAGCAGCACAAGGCGUCGUCGAACAAGCAAGAGCACAGAGAAGAUCUACCAAUGAAGCUGCUGCUCAGCGUGCCUCGCCCAAACCUGCCCCGGUGGCUUCACCACCUGCUGUUGCGCAAGAAAGCGCAGGCGGUUGGGGAUGGUCGUCUGUCUGGAAUUCCGCCUCGACCGUCAUACAGCAAGCCAGAACGGUUGCAGAAGAGAAUUUGCAUAAUUUGCCACAGCUGCCACAAGGCUUGCAAGCGCAAGUAGAUGCACAAGGCGCGCAAGCUGCCAAGUGGCGAGAAGGCAUGCUAGGCUAUAUGAAGUCGAUGGACGUCGACAAGCUACGCAAGGACAUAACAGAGCAAGGAAUGAAGACGCUGACGGAUCUGAUGAAUGCUGUCGCGCCGCCCAUCAGCCAGCACGAAGUCAUUCAGGUCUCGCUCUCGCACGAUAUGAUAGGCUACGACGGCGUAGAAACGCUCGUCUUCCGUGCGCUCACAAAGGUGAUGGAGCAAGUGGACGGAGGCGAUCUCGUCGUCAAUCGCGGACGAGAGGAUCCGGAAGCGCGUAAGUCGACAGAUCGGAACUCCAUCGAAGAAGAACGCGACAUCAAAGCCGUUCAAGGUCUCAGAGAAGGCUAUGCACUCGCUUCUGCUUCGCUCGAUCGACUCAUAGCCAAAACGUACAAGCCUGCUGAGCCGACUGAAGAGACGAACACUCAUCAUGCAAAAUCGGCAAGCAAAUCCAAUGUCAGCGUACCAGUCAGCUACUGCCCUGUCUACAUGCGCAUACAGCCUGUGCUUGCACCCUUGCCUUUUUCUGCCGAUGGUGAGGCACAAAGCAAAGAAGAAAGUCAUCUCUACUUUAUACUGUUGCUCAAAGACCCGACAAAUGACCUCGUCCACAAAACGCUCACUCAGACCAUGCCGGCUCACUGGCUCGAUAUUCCAUUUGAAGAGAAUGAAUGGGUGGAAGACAACAUGGUCGAAGUCAUCAGGCGGGGAGUAGACAUCAUCGGUCAGGAGUAUGUCAACGGCAGGAUGAGCGGUCGAUCAUUCAAGACUUCUUCCUCGGCUGCUGCCGCGUCAUAGUUCACGAAUCCUCCUGUUGUAUCACCAUUGCGAGACGAUUGAGAUGCAGUGUGCACGCCCAUAGUGUG